GCUACCGGCAAGAAUUGUUGAACGGCUCAAAAGACGCUUUCUAUCUCGCUCGCUCAUCACUACUCACUAACUCACUAGCUUACUCACCAUCUUAUAAGGUUUAAACGCGCGCGAUCUCCGUUCACUUAGUUGGUGCAAGUGUCUGGGAAAACAGCUUUUCCCCAUAUUAACCUAAGCUGAAUUGUGGAACAAUUUUGAAAAAGUUUCAUUGAAUCUUUUUUGAAAAAAGUGAAUGAUAGCAAACACGUGUGUUGAUUAUUGUAAAACUGAUAAACGUUGCUAAAAAAGUGACUCAAGUGAAAACAAAACUCAUUAAGAGAAAUUAAUUGUGCAAAAAUAAACUCUUGAAAGGACAUUUUCGUUUUAACGGACUGUUAUUGGUGAUUACGUUGCAAAGUGAUAACAGAAAAAAACUAUUUACGUUCUUCAACUGAUUUGUGGCGGCUCAGCUUAACAGCGCACAGAAAAAAAUAUAAAAAAUGAUAACCCAUUGGAACUUGGUUCUGGUGCUUGGCAUGUUCACCGUCCUCAGUCCAGCAGCCCUGGCCAGACAGGCAGACUCCUACACCCCGCCAGAACUGGCUGUUGGACCACGGGCAGAACUUCCGGCGGCCGAGGAGCUGUACAGUGAUCUGGUGGACGAGGUGCAAAAGUUGCACAACCAGGAGAUCAACUACCUGCAAUACCUGGCCACACUGGCCAACCGGCAGCAGCGCCAGGAAGACCUUCUUCAGCAGCAGCAAGCAGUUCUGGAGGAGCUGCAGGAAAAGCAACAGGUGGCCGCCCAUCGGCACCAGCAACAAAAACAACUGCUGACAGGCGACGCCGCCGAUGAGUCCUUGGUGGAUCUGUUGAACGAAAUUCCGGCCGACAGUGGGGCCAACAAGAAUCUCAACCGGCUGGCGCGACUCCACGAGCAACUUCCGAAGCAGCAGCUGCCCUACCAAACCAAGGCCAAGGACGAGAAGAAGGAUCGACCAUAUAUGUCACUGUGCCAUUUCAAGCUGUGCAACAUGGGACGUAAAAGGAACACCCGAUUCUUGCACUUCUGGAACUAAAUUUCGAGCACCGACAUCGAUCGAUCUACAUGAAAAAGAGAACACAAAUACAAAUCUGAAUGCUCAAUCGGACUGACGACAUCUUUCAACAUGACAUAACCUAGCAGCCAUCACACUCGUCGAAGAAGAUCAAAAGUCAAAUGCUUCUCCAUGCGUGAUAUGACAAAACGGAAACACACCGAGGUUGUCGGUCAAACAACAAUCGGAAAGAGGAACUCCCCCCUACACCAGGAUAAACUAGCGCAGCUACCCAAACUGUAUUAGUAGUACUGAUCCAAAUUCACGAUCUUUCAUGCUAAACUACUUAAGAGAAAAAUUAAUUGGCAAAAGUUAAUUGUAUAUUUAACAAAAAAUCAAACAAUAUUAAAUUAUUAUGAAGGAAAAACACUACAAUUUGGAUUGGUUUACACAAACACACCUACACAAACAUCAUUCGGCACACCACCUGAUACCAAAAAACUCAACUGUAUUAGCACAAUUGUUACUUUAGUUCAAUGGACGAAAAGUAUUGAAUAUUUUUUUAAAUCAAUCCUCUACUUUAGUAUAAAUUAUAGCUCUGCUAUCGCAUCAUCAUUCCAACUAAGUUUACACAAUAAUUUAAAGGAAAACAAAACAAAAAAUAAAAUCAUUCCUACAAUUAGGCCAGCAGACAGGUCAAUGAUCAAUCGUAUUAUUAGACAUAGGUCUCAGACAACAGUCAAUCUCAAGUCAGCCAUACUAUUCGACUAUUUAAUUUAGAAAACAUAACCGCCUCAUUGAGUUUGUUUAGAGCAUAUUGAAACCGAAUAAAACCUAAAUUGAUGUUAAGAUAAUAAUUUUGCACAUUUGUUAGCAUGUAAGGAAAAUGAAACAAAAACUAUACUAUUGUUAUUAAUCAUUCACAAUUUCUCUUCAUUGAUUAAAUAAAACAAGCAAACAAAAAAGACAAAACCAUGAAUUAUAAAAACAAUUGUGUAACUCUUUAUAACCUGAUGAAACUGGAAGAAAUUUUCCCUGAUGAAGCUGGGGAUUCGUCAGAAUCUGGACCCAGUUCAAGAGAUCCUCUCUGUAUAUGUGUAAAUAAUCGUCAGCAUAGAAUGUAAACUGAUUAAUUAACUAGCAUUAGAUGUUAUAUUAUCAACAUAUGAUCAUCAUCAACUGAGAAUUUGAAUC